UCCGACCCUAGCAGAGAGGUGUCACUGCUCCUCCCGCUGUCAGCGGAUCUCAGGUCUGUUGUUGGCGGUCUGCUGAAGACUCGUGAGAGCCGCUCCGGUCCAGCAGUCUGGUCGUGUUUACCUGAAGCCGGGGAGCUCGGGUCUGAAGAGAGGGGUUCUGACCGCAGGCAUGUCCAGUGGAUCUCCUGAGACUGCUUAGCUCUCUAGUGAUCCUCCAAUAAGGCCAUGUCCAGACAGAGCAGGAACACUGGAGCCGCGUGGAGGUACGUGUGGAGCGGGAUCCGGCGCGACGCGGACGCCAGGGCUCUGGUGUUGGCGUCGGAGAACGGAGACUGGGACUACGAGCGCCUGCAGUACAGCGACUCGGACUCGGAGGCGGAGCUCCCGGCGGCGGGGGGCGUGGCCCCGGUGCCCAGCGCGGUGCCCGUCACCGGGGAGUCGUACUGCGGCUGCGACUCCCAGGCGGAGAGCGGCUUCAGCCUCCGUCUGAGAGGCUUCCACCGGGCAAAGGACUGCCGCUGUGGGGAGGAGGAGCAAGAGCUGGACUGGGUGUGGGACGGCGGCAGCGGCUCCACGGCCACGCGGCUGAGCUGUGACGACCGGCAGGUGAACUUCCACAGCGAGUACAGCUGCGGCACGGCGGCGGUGCGCGGCUCCAAGGAGCUGGCGGACGGCCAGCACUUCUGGGAGGUGAAGAUGACCUCUCCGGUGUACGGCACCGACAUGAUGGUCGGCAUCGGCACCUCGGACAUCAACCUGGACAAGUACCGCCACUCCUUCUGCAGCCUCCUGGGGAAGGACUGUGACAGCUGGGGCCUCUCCUACACCGGGUUGCUGCAUCACCAGGGGGACAAGAUGAGCUUCUCUUCCCGCUUCGGUCAGGGCUCCAUCAUCGGGGUCCACCUGGACACCUGGCACGGCAUGCUCACCUUCUUCAAGAACCGCAAGUGUAUCGGCGUGGCCGCCACCCAGCUGCACAACAAGCGCUUCUACCCGAUGGCGUGCUCCACGGCGGCCAAGAGCAGCAUGAAGGUGAUCCGGUCGUGCUCCGCCCCCACCUCGCUGCAGUACCUCUGCUGCGCCCGCCUGCGCCGCCUGCUGCCCGGCUGCUCCGACACGCUGGACGUGCUGCCGCUGCCGCCCGGCCUCCGCCAGCUGCUGCACAACAAGCUGGGCUGGGUGCUCAGCCUGGACGGGGGCGCCCCACCGGGGGGGGCCGGGCCCCGCGGGCCCCCGGCGGCCCCGACCGGGGCGUCCUCGUCGGAGAGCGACUCUGAGGGCUGUGCGUCGGACCGGGAGGCCGGCCGGAGGAAGAGGUUUCGCUGGACAUGAGGUCCGCCUUCCUGCUCGUCUCCUGGACCACGUCGGUGGAGGACCAGGCGGGCGGGGCGCCCUCGGCGUGCCCCCCCCCGCCCCCCGCGGGGUUCCCACGCAGACAGACGCGCUGAGCCUGAGGUCAGAGACGAUGGCGUCACUCGCCGCUUCCUUAGGGAGGAAAACCAGACGGACGGUUAGUGUUCGACCGGCACAGUCAUUUCUGAUGUGUUGUUGCGUUAGUAUUCUGCGUCCAUAUGAUCACCACACUCCAUGCUGCUUCAGUAGUGUCUUAAAGGUGGGGGCCUCUUCGGUUGGCCAGCAUAGCCUGUUUGAGAUCACUCAUCACCUAUCACCAUGACGUGUGUGUGUGUGUGUGUGUGUGUGUGUGUGUGUGUGUGUGUGUGUGUGUGUGUGUGUGUGUGUGUGUGUGUGUGUGUGUGUGUGUGUGUGUGUGUGUGUGUGUGUGUGUGUGUGUGUGUGUGUGUGUGUUGCUUUCUAGACAGGCGGUUUUACGAUGGUUCAUGACAGAUGGUAGCAAAGGAUUGUUCUAAUUCUUUUUCAUUAUGCAUCUUUGUAACGAUAGUUGUUGCCAAAACAAGGAUAUCUCCACCUGAGGGAAAGUCCUACGGUUCCAUUUUGAUCGUGUUCUGUGUGGCUGUCCUAAUCAGAACUAUAGUUGUGGUUAUUGUGUGUCAUAGUGUGACAAAGUAUACUAUUAAAGCUCUAUUUUAACAUGAGGAAAUGAUUAUAGAAUGUAUAAUAUCUGACAUUUCUGACGCUAUUUUCUUUUUCUGAUGCCAAUGCUUGUUUGACCCUCUUGCUAUUAGUAUUCAACAAAACGUGAUCCAGAUUAUGCUUGAAAUGUUUCCUUUUAUAUUUGAUUUGAUUAUAAGCUAAUUAUUGCAUUCAACUAUAUGUAAAAAUAUACAUGCACAUAAUAUAGAAAGAAGACUAAUAACUGACUGAGUUUGUACUCACUGUAACGGACAGGACUCUACUUCUGUUGACGGUAUUAGAGGAUACAACUUACUCUGUUUGAUGCAAGCUCUCCCUCCAAUGCAUUGUCUGUAACUGCUUAUCUUUAGGACAAUCUCCUAUCCAAGUCAUGGAAUUUGCUAUGAAGUAUUUAGGUUUAAAACCCAAACCGCUCCACACAUUGGAAGAGGUUUGAAGAUGCUCCGCCCUCAUCAACCCGAAUGGUUUCAGUGGGCUUCAGGUCUGAAACACGAUCAGACUUCUAUGCACGUUGGCUUCCUGCAGGCAGAGACUCUUGUAACUUCAUACAGGAGGUGUUCAUCAGGCACAGGAACCUGUUCUUCAGGCAAUCAUGGAGAAGUUGGGGUAUUCCUUGUUGUGGGAUGAGACUGGGGUCUGUGAAUCAAAAUGUCCUGUGAUGAUUCAUUCAUCAAUUCAAAUGCUUAUAUGUCACUGUCUAAGUUUUGUGAAAUGUAUUCAAGCUCUUUUUGCUAAAUGACAUCAAGGGUAAAUAAAAGGGAUAUUCUAUAACUUGCAAUGUUGACACAUCUGUUAUUCUUUACCUGCUUUCUACUGUAUAUGUCCAGCAUGGCCUUUUAAAGACACUAACAAUAACAGGAAGGAAGGCUGUAUCUGCAUACGUCUUUAAUAAAAAUUCAAGUAUU